AUGAUCACCAAGGUUCUGGAAGUACAUAAUCACACAGUGACAACACAUUUCAUUCUUCUGGGAUUUCCAACAUGGCCAGGCUUCCAGCUGCUCCUCUUCUUUGUUUUCCUGGCAACUUACCUGCUGACACUUCUAGAGAACUUUCUAAUCAUCCUCGCCACUCACAGUGAUAGACAGUUGCACAAGCCCAUGUAUUUCUUUCUGAGUGACCUCUCUUUCCUGGAGAUGUGGUAUGUCACAGUCAUCAGCCCCAAGAUGCUGGUAGACCUCCUCAGCCAUGAAAAGACCAUUUCCUUCAAAGGCUGCAUGACUCAACUUUACUUCUUUGUGACCUUUGUCUGCACUGAGUACAUCCUCCUUGCUGUUAUGGCCUUUGACCGCUAUGUAGCCAUUUGUAAUCCACUACGGUAUCCAGUUAUCAUGACCAACCAGCUUUGUGGUGCCCUGGCUGCAGGAUGCUGGUGCUGUGGACUCAUAACUGCAGCAAUUAAGAUAGUUUUCAUAGCCCGACUCCGCUACUGUGACACGCCUCUUAUCAAUCACUACUUUUGUGAUAUCUCCCCACUCCUCAAUGUCUCCUGUGAGGACUCCUCACAGGCUGAGCUAGUGGACUUCUUCUUGGCCCUCAUGGUCAUCGCGGUUCCCCUUUGUGUAGUGGUGGCAUCUUACACCACCAUUCUCACCACCAUCCUCAGGAUCCCUUCUGCUCAGGGAUGCCAAAAGGUGUUUUCUACAUGUGCCUCUCACCUGACAGUUGUCAUUCUCUUCUAUUCCACGACCCUUUUCACUUAUGCCCGCCCUAAGCUUAUGUACACCUACAAUUCCAACAAAGUGGUGUCUGUGCUUUACACCAUCAUUGUCCCACUCCUCAACCCUAUCAUUUACUGUCUGAGAAACCGUGAAAUAAAGGCAGCCCUCAAGAAGACCAUAUUUGCAGAGGCAGUGGCCCCAGGGAAGAUGGGUCUGUGAUU